AUGCACGACAUGAAGCCGAUGCUCCUACCGGCUCAGAAGUCGGCUCUGGCCAUGUCGAGGGCGCAGUAUCUAGCAAAGCUACGAGACCUUUGGGAGCCCGCUGACAAGCUGUCGAUAGGGGUCUGCAUCUUCCAGAUGGACGUCCAGACAUGCCGACCAUCGGUGCUGCUCCUGCGGCGCUCCCUCCGAUGGCAUCAACACCCGGGCACCUGGGAGCUGCCAGGCGGCAAGGUCGGCGACGGCGACUUCUGCAUCUCGGCGGCCAUCGCGCGCCGGGUCGAAGAGGAGACGGGCCUCGAGGUCGUCAAGAUCCUAAGCAUGCUGCAGGAGACGCGGCACGUCAGCGAGGUCAAGUUCCUCGAGUGGGACGACGACGACCUUGACCAGGACACGGGCGGCACCAGCGACAGCCCGUCGGUGCCCCUUCGCGUCGUGCGCAAGCGGAACCUGCAGCUCAACUUCACGGUGCUGGUCGAGAGUACCGAGGCCGCGGUCCUCGUGUCCGAGCAGCACGACGAGAUGGUCUGGGCGAGCUUCAGCAAGGUGGAGGAGCUGCGGAUGCCGGGGGAGCUCAGGAGGGUGGCCCACCAGGCGCUGGCGUGGGCGGGCGAGUACCUCUUCUGA